AUGAGUAAUCCAACCGAACAAUAUGUGUACCAACCAAUCCAAGACAACGACGGAAUCCGGCUGAUUCAGCUCAAACCGUCCAUAUCAAGGGACUCAAUUAUCAGUUGCGAGCUUAUUCACACAAGGCUACGCACCGUCAAACAAGAUAUCCUCGAGCACUACACAGCUUUAUCAUACGUCUGGGGUGAUGCAACUCAAACAACUGUGAUCAUGGUUGGGGAGCAGACUCUAGAGAUCACCAAAAGUCUUGACUCGGCAUUGAGACAUCUGAGAGAUGAAACGAGGGUGUUGAAUCUUUGGGCUGAUGGAGUGUGUAUCAAUCAAAACGACGAUGAGGGAGAGAAAGGAAGACAAGUCCAGCAAAUGGGGAAGGUGUACGAGACAGCGGAUCAUACUGUCAUAUUCUUGGGCGAGUGUGAUUCAAGUACCGAAGAGACGUUAUCUGGAGUCGUGGCUCAGCUUGAAGAGAAUCCCCAGGAUUCUGGUACAGAGCUUGAUCAGAACGGUAAAUUCGUCACAAGUUUUCUUCUCAAACGUCCCUGGUUCACGAGAGUUUGGGUUUAUCAGGAGCUUGUUAUGUCUCGUGAUCCUAUGGUUCAAUGUGGCCGAGUCCGAUUCUCAUGGAUGUUAUUCCGCGAUUUUAUUACUCGGUGGUACAGUGAACCUCCACGACAUAAUAUGUUGAGAACUUUGCAGGUCUCUCCAGGGCACAUCGUGCAACAAAUGGACCAAUCCCGAUGGGCAUUUCUGGCUGCCCACGUGAUACCAAUAGACGCCGCUACGCAGCAAGUAGUUGACGUUCAGUCGAAGUCGGCUAAUCCAACAUACUUAACAAAGGAGAAACGUACCGGGUACUUGAACCUUUUGGAGACCCUGGUUUCCAGGCGAGGUUUUGGUGCCUCCGACGCUCGAGACUUAGUGUUCAGCAUUAUUGGAUUCUCAAGGCACAUUGACAUACGCGCUGACUACGGGCUCACGGCGGCCCAAGUCUACCAAAAUUUCGCUUGGAACAUCAUGGGUCUGUUUGGGAGCUUGGAAAUUCUCAGCUAUGUUGAGGAUAUCGAUUUGUCCCAGCGUAGGCCAGGUCUAGCUUCAUGGGCACCUGACUGGACUAUUGUUCAACAUCCUGUUCGACGCAUCCGAAUUAUGUCGAAGCCCAAUGACUACGUGUCUGACACAAAAGAAUCGAGCUCAACAGAAACUGAGGAUGCGACUCGUGCGUAUCAUACAAUCAGAUCCCUCACCAAAUGCAACAAACUCUGUUGCAAAGCAUAUCGUAUAUCCAAAAUUAAACAAAUCAGCGCCAUCAUCGAUAACCUCAGCACGGAAGGAGACUCAUCGGUGGAUUCUCUACUUCGUCCCAUUAAUAAUCAAUCUGGAAACUCAUACUCGGAAUCAAAGAGGCCAUGGGAUACAGUGUACUACAAUUGGUGGCGAAGAUGGCUGGGAUCGGACGAAUCUAUCUUGCCGAUUGAAAGAGUCACAACCACUAUGAAGGACAAUACGGGUCUUCCAGUCGCUGGGCAACCAACAGAACAAUAUCUGGUCGAAAGGCUUCAACACCCAUCCCGCCUAAGCAUUCUUGAUGGGAGGAGAUUAGCGCGUUUAGAUACCGAUCAGCUCGCUGUGAUACCAUCUUCGGCGAAGGUAGGAGACCACGUUUACCUUAUUCAAGGCUGUCCAGUUCCAUUUGUUCUACGGCGAAAGCAGCGUGCUCAAGAAGAUACCACAGCACUUGAUGCAGAAGUAAGCGAAGUUAGGAGGGAAAUGACAUCAACUUCAGGCUGGGUGCGGCCUCGUGUUGUUCAUACUACUCUCAUCGGAGAGUGUUAUGUGGAUGUCUGGAUGACUGAGCCCUACAUGGAUGACCCUUGGCGUAUCGCAUCUCCUGUGGUAUAUGAUAAGCUACUCGUAAUCAGUUGA